GGCGUCUCGAGCGUCGGUGGCAUCGGCCGCGUCCUCGCGAAGGCGCUUCAGUACGUCGUAGACAGCCACGUCGAUCAGUCCAGCCAACUCACCGGCCCGACCUCAGUCCGCUCGAUCCGCGCUCUUGUUUGUUGUUGUUGUCGUUGCCCGGUGAUACCGAAGUUGAAUCGAUAGUGUGAACUGUGGAUUUUUGCAGUUAUGUUCGGGCGGUUUUGAACUGGGAUUUUCUUUCUGAACUAGACGACAUGGAGAAGUAUUUUGUGAUUUUGUCCAUGCUUUUGGUCCUUGGAGAAGGACUUGAGUUGAAAAAUGGAGCGUAUGAAGACCUCGUUAUUAAGGUGUCUGAUAAUGUCCCGCAGGAAGAUUGUACUAAGAUACUGAAGAAUCUUGAGGCAACGUUGACUACCGCAUCGCAGUACCUCUUCUCCGCACUGGAUAGUCGCGCUUUCUUGCGGUCAGUCACCGUACUACUUCCUUCCGACUGGAACGAUUCCUGUGCCCCGUCGACGGUUCUUGGAGCCGCUGGAGAGACUUCAGACGUUACGGUACUGCCAAGCGAUGCCGCUAGAGGUUCCAUCUGGACACAGCAAUCUCUGGGAUGCGGCCAGCCAGGAGAUCAGAUUUACUUGGGACAUGAGGCACUGAUCGCGGGAAGUGGUAUUCUUGCUCGUCUUCUAGUAAAGGAGUUCGCAAAGUACCGCUAUGGAGUAUUUGAAGAGCAAGGCUAUUACAAUGACCCAAUCUUCCCGAUCUGCUACUAUGAUGAUGUCAACAAACAUGCCAAAGUUACUGGAUGCUCUGAUCUACCUAUCCGUGAUAAUGGGAUCUGCAGUUCAAAACCAAACGCACCCUACAACAAGACUCAGAUGGUCGACCCAAACGCAAGAGCUUCUAUCAUGUUUGCUGCCGAAGCUCCUUCUAUCUCCAUGUUCUGCGAUGAAGGAAAUCAUGACCGGCUUGCACCAACCAAGCAUAACCUUAUGUGCGAUAGACGUAGUGUCCUGGAUGUCAUCAUCAACCAUAAGGAUUUUAGAGUUUCCAAUAUCCAGAAUAACCUGAAUAGCAAUCAGAUCGCUGACACUACUCCUAAGAUCGUGUACAAGAAGCAAAAUCUCACAAGAUAUGUCUUCGUUGUAGAGAACAGCAAAGACAUGAUGCAAAGAGAGUCUUGGAGCUACCUAAGGAUGGCUGUCAGACAUUGGAGUAGGAAUGUGCUUCCUGACGCUACCGAGCUUGGACUGGUUCUUUCUGACUCUAACCAAACUAAUAAAGCUUUGAAUAUCGUUUCUGUUAAGUAUAAUCCAAAUGACCGUUAUGGACGAGGUUAUGGAGUAAAUAAUCGUGAUAAGUUCUAUUCAGCCUUUCCUUAUACUGCAAGUGAGAGUGUGCAACCUGUAUGUUUGCACUGUGCCUUGAAAGAAGCUAUGAAGAUGUUAACCGACCGUACAAAGACGCAUGGAGUUGCUAACAAUGUUAUUGUUGUCAUAGCUUCUGGGAUGAACAUGGAUGAUCACAUGAAUAAGACCAUUCAGGACUUGAAGCUGCGAAAGAUCAAGGUGGCUACAAUUAACUAUCCAGAUGUUGUGAGGCAGGAUACUUUGGGAUUGUUAGCUAAAGAGACAGGUGGUGUAGACUACGCAGUAUUUGAGCAGAAACUCAAUGUGGAGACGACCCUACUAACAACAUAUUUCGAACUCCAAACUGUACUGUAUGACAUUGUGACCAAAUUCUAUUCAGGGAGCCCAUCUGACUUACCAAUGGAGAUUCAUAGACGACAGAUUACUGAUGAUGGAAGAACAUCUAUCACUGGAAGCUUCAUGUUGGAUCCCAACAUGGGCGAGCCAGCACAGUUUGUAUUCUACACCCAUAACACCAUAGCUCCGCUAAUAAAGUCGUUGAGAUUGAUCAGCCCAAGUCAUCAAGAGUUUUCUGAGAGACACGACAAAUGGUUGGAUGCCAAGAUGAUCGCCCUGAAUGCCAAUAUUUCUGAGACUGGAACAUGGACUUACAUCGUCGAUACCUACACAGGCAACCCUCAACCUCAUUUCUUACAAGUAAUGGCAACUCCAAAAUCCUCAUUGGUGCCAGUUGUGCGAGCAGACUUCAGAACUCAUAGAAACAGCCCAGACGGACCUCUUAUUCUCCUGGCUCAGGUCAAAUAUGGAGAAGUCCCCAUUCUUGGAGCCAAAGUUGAAGUAACAGUGACCAAGCACGAACCAAAUGGUACCAUUGCUCAAAAAUCGAAGAUCGAGCUUUUGGAUAGUGGCGCUGGAGAUCCAGAUAUAACCAAGGGUGAUGGCGUUUACACCAAGUACUUUAGUGCACUGGACUCAGGACCUGGAUUGUACUCCUUUGAAGUGACUGUGACUGACAACGGCAACACCGCUUACACGUGGACCGGAUCUUCAAAACGGGGUGAAGAUAAACCAUGCUGUGGCAGCUCCAUUACUUCAAACGGAGUUCAACCGAUAGCACCUUUCCAACGAGUUUUACCCAAACUAACUAUGAAGAUUACUGAACAAGAUAUUGCUGCAGCUGGCCAAGUAUCUGUUGGUAGAAUCGGCGAUUUGAAGGUUGAAGUCAUCCCAGAGGACAUGAAGGCUCGCCUGUCUUGGACUUCUCCCGAUAUGGGUGGCAGUACUGUUACGCGUUAUGAAAUAAGAUAUUCGACUAAUGUGUUGGAUAUUAUUGAUAGGUUCGAAACUGCUGCUUUGGUUUGGGAGAAUGGACAGCCUUUUCCAUUGGCUCCUGGUUCUGAGACUACUUUUACAUUGGAUAUGAACCAGAAUAAGGAUCUGCUUGACAAGACUCUGUACUUUGCCAUUAAGUCUUAUUCGAGAAUGAGCAAUGAGUUUUCUGGGCCAGUUUCAAACUGGGUAAGAGUCUUGGUACCUUCACCGCCUCCUCCACCUACAGUGCCUCCAACUUUCUCCUCCAAUGAACAGUCGUAUUGGCCUAAUAAUGGCAACUCCAUUGGUGUUGAGCCUGCAAGUCCUAGUAUCACUCGAACCGUUUCUAUCGGUCUCGAACUGAUCUUGCCAGUAGCCAUAGGUUUUAUCCUCCUUGUGAUUUUGUUGAUAGUAUAUUGCUAUUUUUGCGUUGUGAAGCGCAAGACUAGGGACAACCACAAGGGUUCUGGUAAAGGAAAUCCUGUAAAGAAAGACAAUCUGAGCUCUACUGUUACCAUUGUACCAAGCUCUCCUCAGAAUAGUCCUCAACAUCUUAGUCAAACUUACGUUGGUGGUGAAGUUCCUGAUCCUCACCAAAUCGGAGUACCUAUCAGUAACUAUGGAUAUGAAGAUGAGUCGAAAAAACGUUACUCCUUGGUUAACCAACAAGAGCAACAGCUUAUUGAAGAGCUCAAACAACAGCAACAGAUGCAUCAGCAAAGAGACAACUGUGGUGGAGUUAGUGUGAUAUCUAACAAUACAAUCAAUCGCAACCAACCAAUAUUGAGUCCGUACAACUCCUGGAGUGCCUCACAACUCCUCCACGAGCAUGAACGAAGGCAUAGUCCUAUGGAUGGCACCAUGAUGGAACAAGAGCAGAUGGUAGUACACCAAGAGAUCUUGAUGAAUGGUGAUCACAUGUCUAUAAAUGGUCAAACUAUGGACCAUAUGAGUUUAAAUAGCCACCAAAUGCAAGAGCAUUAUCCCCAAGGUCAUAUGCCUCCACCUGUCCCUCCACUACCUGCCUUUAAUGGCAAUGGGUACCCAGUAAACUACAACAUCUAUGGAGUUCAUGGAGCUCCGAUGCAACAGUCACAUCCCAUAUACCAAAGCAUGCAGAGGAGUGAACCCAUGGGUCCCUUCAAUACUAGCUUGCAAGGCUCGAUGAGUUCUGUGAACUCUGGAGAGAAAAAGAGGCGGAAUGUUACCAUGGUGUAACAUUACGUCACUGUUAUAGAUAGCGUUAGUGUCAAGAAGUAUCAAACCUGUACCACUUACCUGUGAAUUUGUAUAUAGUUUUGUAUGAUUUUUGUAUAUAGAGAUUUUCGUACUAGUCACACGGUAUUUAGAUAGCACAGAUAUGCAUCUCGAGAUUUUAAGGUCGCUUGUGGAGACACUUUAAGGCGUAAUAGUUAAUAUUUACAGUUUAGGUGGAAACACUACUGUGUGCAAUGUUCGUAAAUAUAUUUAUAAAUUCAUGAAGGUGUCGUAACAGCUUCUUAUAUAAUUUAGAGUGACUUAUUAUUCAACCCUGGAUUAACCUCUAAGGAAGAUAUACAAAGAGCACAAUAUGGGACAGAUUGCUCUUCUUCCAAAACAAAAUAAAGCUUUCUUUGCUAUCUGAAUAAGAAAAUUGUAUUUAAUUAUUUGAUGCGAAUAAUGCCAGUACUUAUGUUAUAUAGCAAACUAUGUAUAAGGUGUGUAGUUAGUACAAAUUUCAUUGUAUAUAAUAAUCUUCAGUGGAAGACUGAACACAGACCAGACUGAUCUCAUGUAUUCAAUUUCCAGUUGUAUGGAAUCAUAAGGGCAUAUUCAUAUGAAUUUUUCCAUUCUUUGUAUAUAUUGUGUAAGUUGUAAGGGAUGAACAUCAAUUGUCUGUAAAUAUUUUUGUAAGUAAAAAAAAUUGUCAUAC